CCCGGGCAUUUCAGUUUAAAAACUUUUCUCCACGGAUUUCCUAAACUUGGCCAGUUCCUCUUGUUUGAGCCAAAUUAAUGAGGCGGCUAAAGUCAUUAAUUGGCCACUUAAUUGGCCCAUGUCGCUGGCGCGCUGCUUCCGUUGGCUUUUAGCGCACCGCCAUCCCUCACUCCUGCUGCCAGACAUCACAAUCCCACCUUGUCAAAACGAUUUAGGGUCAGUCUCUCAGACGGGAAAGGUGCUCUCGCCGUGGACACCCCCCCCAUACACACACACACACACACACACACACACACACACACACAUCUGGAUCCCCCUCAAUCAGUAUCUCCCUCCCACUCUAUCUCGGUGUUUUAUGUCUGCGUCACAACAAGUCGGUCGAGAGCGAGAGGUAGGGAUGAUGGCGUCUCUGGCGGCUUGAUUCCGGUGCUGCUCUGACAAUCCCGCCUUAAGAGCAUCAAUAGGUGGUGGCGGAGAGGGGGAUAGGAGAGCAAAAGAGACGGGGACAUGACGAAACGGCAUCGCGGAGGACGGACAAACUAGAGACGGACGGACAGCCAGUCGCCCCCCUCCUCCUCGCUGACGGCUUGACUGACACACACACACACACAACACACACAACACACACACACACACCACACACACACACACACACACACACACAUAGGCGCUUGGCACAGACAGGGACAUGCAUGCACACCAUCCACUUUUUGCAAGCACGCAGGCUGCGCAUCCGAGUGGGCAGUAAUUGGGCAGCGGAGAUCCACAGCAGAUGAGGGCAUUUCAUGUCCAGCCUGCUCAGGAAUCACUGUGACCCCGACGGAAAGGAGUUCGAUUUGACAGGAUGGGGGGAGUAAGUGAAGGAGAUGAUGUGUUGGCUCGAUGGAGUGAUGGACUACUGUACCUCGGCAAUGUGAAAAGAGUAGACGGAGUCAAGCAAUGUUGUCUGGUGAGAUUUGAGGACAACUCGGAGUUCUGGGUACUGAGAAAGGACAUUCACUCAUUUGCUGCUGGAGUGGAAGAAGUUUGCUGUAUUUGUGACGCUCCGCCUCUUAAAGAACCCCUCAUAAAUUGUCUCAAAUGUCGCCACGGUUAUCAUUCAGAGUGCCACACGCCAACCAUCGAACCGGAAGCUGACAGCGAUUCGUGGAUAUGUCGGCAAUGUGUCUUUGCAGUCGCAACCAAGAGAGGCGGUGCACUCAAACGGGGACGCUUCGCCCGGCUCAUGCAAUUUAUGAAACUCCGGCUUCCCUACCAGCUGUCGUCUUUAGACUGGGACCCGCAGCAUCUGACCAAUCAGCAACAGUGCUACUGCUACUGUGCCGGACCUGGAGAGUGGAACCUGAAGAUGUUGCAGUGUGGAAGCUGUGGUCAGUGGUUCCACGAGGCCUGCACACAAUGUCUGACCAAACCAUUGCUGUAUGGAGACAGGUUUUAUCAGUUCCAGUGCUCAGUAUGUACAAAGGGACCAGAGACCAUCCAAAGGCUACCCAUGACCUGGAUGGAUUUGGCUCAUUUAGUGCUCUACCAUCUCUCGCUGUGCUGCAAGAGGAAAUACUUUGAUUUUGACCAUGAAAUCCUGUCCUUCACCAAUGAGAAUUGGGAGUCGUUGCUCCUAGGAGCGCUCUCUGACACGCCAAGGCAAGACCGCUGUCACAAUCUCCUCAACGCUCUCAACUCUCACAAGGACAGGUUUGUCUCUGGAAAGGAGAUCAAGAAGAAGAAGUGUCUUUUUGGGCUUCAGGUUCGAGCUCCCCCUCCGCUGACGUCCGAUUCGUCGCCGCUCAUCACCGACCCCCCUAUCAACAUCACGCAUAGGAGAAGGUCAGACCCGUUGUCGUUACCCUGCCAGAGGAGAGUGGGGGGGCCAGAGUCACGCAAAUCAAAGCGUCGCAUCAUGGAGACACAGGCUUGUCCACCCCCAGUUGCUGCCAACCCCAUUGAGCUGCUGCCAUGUUGCCAUGGCUACAUGGGAGGGACCAGCCUUUACAACUCCAGGAAGUCAGAGGAGGAGCUUAGUUUGAGCUCUCCUCCCAAGCGGAUGUAUGCCCUGUACCACACCACCUACAACGGGAAUAAUGCACUCUCCAGGGGUCUCCAUCACUUCAACAGCGUUGAGGACACCUGCAGAGUAGUGCCGCCUUGCUUCCCAUACCCCCUCAACGCCAAUGGCAACCAUCACCAUCACCACUCCCACCAACACCAACACAACCACCAACACAACCACCAACACAGUCACCAACACCAGCCGGGGCAGAAGCAGCUGGAGCCCCUCUUCCUAUGUGAUAUGCCCCCAUACCAGGCCGGUAUGGGCGGAGGAGGUGGCGUAGGCGGAGGAGGCGGAGGAGGUGGGGGCGGCGGUGGAGGAGGAGGAGGAGGCGGGGGGAUGGUAGUUGGAGGCGGGGACGGGACAGUGGCCAGGAGCUGGGGAGGAGGGGAGGCAGUGAGGAUCUUGGCGAGACGCGUCACGCCAGACGGAAAGGUGCAGUACCUGGUAGAGUGGGAGAACGUGAAUUUGUACUGACACAAAGUGAGUAAACAUGAGACGCAAUGACUGUUUUGAAGUUGCCACAGGAAUACUGUGUAUGUAAUAUGUGGCAGUGUUUAAAGUACAAAAAAAAGAAAAAAGGACAAAAAAUUCUCUACACAUUGCUAAUCCAGGUUGCUCUUAUAGUAUCACCUCUAUUCUACAUCAUUAUUAACGCACUACUCGUUACUAAAUGUCCCUCUUUGCUAGUGUUUCUCUGAUAUUUGUACUGUUAACUUUGGAAUAUGCCUUUGCAUUUAUCAUGUUUAAUGGUGAUGAGGGAAGAUAUUUAAACCUCCAGAUUAUUUGUAAAUCUUUGGAAAACAACAAGAGCACGUCUUUAAUUGCAAUGGUAUUUUGAUAUACAGCACUGUAGAUAAGCAACAGUGAAGUACAAGAAAUAAAGAAACCAAAUGUUACUGCUUUUUCAGUAGAGAAAAAAUAAGUGCGCAAAAUGUAUUGCUAUGCAAUUUUAACUUCCACAAAUCAAACAGUAAACCUCUACCGCCUGUCAUUUAGACAGCGCACUGCUAAUUUAAAAUAAUAGUUUAACAUUUUGGAAAGCACACCUUUUUGCUUUCUUGCUGAGAGUUGGAUGAGACAAUUGAUGCCACUCUCAUGUCUGUGUGACAACUAUGAAAAUACAGCCAGGAGACGGUUAGCUUAGCACAAAGAAACAGCUAGCUUGGCUCUGUCCAAUGGUAAAACAUCUGGUAAAGCACUUCCAAAGCUCAGUGAUUGACUGUAGGUUUUGUGGUUAUGGGCCAGACAAGACUGUUGGAUCAUGUCACUGUGGCCGACCAAGAAAUAAUCCAAGCUGUUGUCUCUGCUUCUAGUAUUUAUGCUAUGCUAUGCUAAGCUAAGCGCCUCCUAGCCUAAUCUUCAUAUUUAACCAAAAUACAUAAAAGUGGUAUGGAUCUUCUCACCAAACUCUCAGCAAGAAAGUGAAUAUGUGUAUUCUCCCAUGUGUGUAACCAUUUCAUUAAAAAUAAAUAUUGAAAUUUUUUAAAUUAAAAUAAUUUACAUAGGUAUAACCCAAAGCGGCUUAUAGCACAAAACAUAUUUCAAUGGUGAAGUCAAGAUUACAAAUUAGCAACAUUUUGUGAAAACAUUUCUUGGUCACUUUCAAGCAUUUUUUUAUUAUUAUGUAUGAAUAUGUAGUUAAGACCUACUUUUUAUUGAACUAUAAACAUUUACUUACUGUCCAAACUAUGAUUAUCUGUAGCUUGGUUGUAAAAAAAAUUGUUAGGAAAAAAAAUUUAAAAAGUUUGUUAGUAAUUGUUAAAUUUAGUCUAGACAUCUAUACGUCUGAAUGAUCUCAAAUCACCAUAUCAAUGCUUAGUAGGUACUUUGAAUAUGGAUAAAGUUUAAGAUGUAACUUCUUGGUUCUUUUAAAAAUAACAAAAUCCCUUCCAAAAAAUGUCCCCCGACAUUUGAUAUGGAUAUCCAAGGGAUGAGCACGUUCCACAGCCAGCAGCCGGCAGCACACUUCCAUCAGCCGUCACUUUUAUAAUUGCCCAUUGAUCAACUGAUAAUGUUAAUGUUCACGUGGAGUUUAGUGAGUAAAGUAGCCCAGAAAAUAAACAGUGAUGAAUGGUCCGUCACCAGUCAGGCAUGAUGACAGCUGGGCGGUGGCUGCCAGCUGCUGAACAAAAAAAAAAGCAGUAACCUUUUGUUGGCCAGGAUAAGACCGAGCAGUACAGUCAGUCUUGUACAGUUUUUUUGGCCAAACAAAUGGUACUUUAAUGCCUUGCUUAAGGGCACUAUGACAUUAGUGGUUGAGCCCUGUCUCAGACGCCAGCUUGUUUGGCUUUAUCACCAAAUUAUCUGGAGGUUUUUAUAUAUUUUCUCUCAUUGCCGUAUGUUAAUAGGAGAUUGUAUACACGUUAUUACCGGGUUACUUAUUUGUUAUGUUAGAUUUUGUCAUACAUAAUUUACAUUUAGACUACUGUACGUAUUAGAAAUAGGAGCCACAAGACAGCUUUUGUUUUAUAGAUAGAAUUAUAUAUUCACAAUAUAUUGCUAUGGUCGAAUUACUUUUAUUUUAUUUUUGAUGUGGUUGCAUAGUGCCUAUACGGGUUGUGUACCUGCCGAUUGGUCUGCCGACCUGAGUCAACCAAUCAGACGACAGAUAGAUGAACGAGGCCAUAUUGCUACUAAACAAGAGGAUGGCUCUUUAUCAGUUGACAGAUACAACUACAUGGAGAAACAAAGACCACUUCUAAUGUUGAGUCAAGUUUUUUUUUUUAAAUCAGAACAGGACUGUGAUGUUACUGUACAUUCCAAACAAACAACAAAAAAGAAAUAUACAUGUUACUGAAAUGUCUGUUUGAAGUUAUCAGGAUGGAAAUGGUUUUGAUUCUUAUUUUUUUCUCUUUUUUAUGGGUGUUAAUCGUCAUAAAGAUCCACUAAAGGUCCACUUCAGGUCCAGGUUAGGUUUCAGUGUCGUAGGGAGUUCAAUCCUUACGUUCAAAGUGACAGUACAGGUGAAGAAGACUCUAAUAGGCCCGAAUCCUAACUUAAACCCAUAGUUUUUUUCCAGGUCUAUAAUAACAGUCUAUCAUUUAGAAGGUACAAGAUGGCAUUCAUAAGUCAAGGCCUGACUUCUUCUCAGAUGUGCUUCUAGAGAUAAAGUGAGGUGCUGAAGUUGGAAUUUAUCUUUGUGCAAACAGGUUACAUAAAUCUAGAAUACUGUGGUGCAAAUUACAGAGUUUAUAUUUUAUACAGAGUUUUAUUUCAGCAAUCUGUUCGAUAAAACUCACACAACAUAUACAUUUGUCAGUUUUAUCUUUCAGGAAAGACUGUAUUACAGGUUUAGUUUCAAAAGCAAAAGACAAACACACCAUUUAUACCGUUAUAAUCACACCAAUGCAACACUCUCAGAUUUUAUUUAAAUACCUGUUUGAAUUAUCUCCUUGCGUACAUUUCAGGCAAGUUAAAUUACGUUGAUUGCAAUUUUCAUCCUCCUCCGUGACUAUUUGACUGUAGUUCAUUGGGAAGGGGUGUGUUGAACCUUUGUAGGUGAUGAAUGUAUUUGUGUGUUUUCUAUGGUAUGUCUAUACCCGUCAAGUGCUUGUUAGAGGUUGUACUCGAGGUGGAACUCGACCCGAUUUGUUUUAAAAAAAAAAAGAAAAAAGGAGGAAAUAAAGACAUCAACAUUAAGGAACAUCAUUUAUUUUGGUAGAGGUAGUCUUCUUUUUUUUCUGAUUAGUAGUCAAGUCCAAGUUCAGUUUGAUGUAUUUUUGGACAAAUUAUGUUUGUACAUGUAUACUCUGCGUUGACACCUAAUAUGUAACAUGAAUAAUAAAAAAAGAAAAAA